AUGACUGCGUUGCAUAGUGUGUCCAAAACGCCCGCGAUCAAGGAAGAGGAGGAGGACGGUGAUGAGCGAGACGGCAGAGGAGUUCCCCUGGGACCAAGGAACCAUGACUACCGUGGCAGGAAAGGUGAUGAGGAAAGCGGUGCUGACACCGUGACAUCUCCCAUCACGUUUGAAAAGAAGAAGAUAGCGCCCAGGGCGUCAACGCAUUCCGAACAGAGUAUUUUGAGCAGCAUCUCAUUGAAAUCGAUGGUAAAUCAACAUCGUCAGCAGCAGUUGCAGCAAGAGAGCUCAACAGGGGCAGGCACUGGGUUUGUUGACAGAAAGCAGCAGAUCCAAUCUCCGGCGAUGGUGUCCAUAUUGAGGAAGAACUCUGCUGAGGAGAAUGUUCGCAGCAGCCACAGUAGCAAGCUCGGUGAAGGGCAGAUAGAUGGUAGGAAGGCUUCUGCUAGUAAGGAGAUCGGCAAGACGUUGCCAUUCACGGAUGACCAAAGAUCGAACCCUGAACUAGAUCCCACCAAUAGCGUGGUGGAUGUUAGCAGGGGCAAGAAUACAAAGAGCAAAACUGUGUUCAAUGAGUUAGAAGAUGAUGCCGAUGACGAUGACGAGGUUCGACAAAAGAAUCUAACCACGCAGGCGUUACGCAAGUUGUCGUCGUUCAAAAUGAAUGCUAGUUCUAAUUUGAGGUUGAGUAAAGAAAACAAGGCGAAAGAGUCUUCAUCUUCGUCCACGUCUUCAGUGUCGUCAUCGUCGACGUCGAAGGUGGAAAAUAUUGUCGACAAGCUGACUACAACGAAUUCUAGCUCGAUGUCCCAACUGCGGUUUGGCAACACGAACGUCAUUAUUGAUUCGGUGAAUCAUGCGGCGAAACCGCCGCAUCAGCAGAUGCUAAGGAAACCCUCGCUGGAAUUUUUACCGCAGCCUGCUUCGAGCACUAAUCUGAAUUUUAAUUCCAAUAAACAUAAAUCAAAUGUAAGACAGAUCAGUAACCCUAAAAAACCGCUAUACAUCCCCGCCGUGCUGAGGAAAGUUUCAGAGACAAACAUAACUAAUGACGAUCUGUUGAAUGCAACAUUGUCGUCUUACUACAAGAAGGCAUCUAACCUGGAACAUGGCUUUAAUCCAAGCAAGUCGCAAUCCGCUAGCGUUCAGAAUGCGAACAACCUACGGAUCAUAUCUUCUCAAUCCAGCGUACAAUCCAACACAUCGUCAAUCUUGGAAAGCUACAAAAACAAAAUAUCCUCGUACUUGUUCCCGAAUUCUAUUCCGAACAGCGACAGAAUCAACUUAAUACCAACUAUUUCAAACAGAAACUCUGCCAGAGUAAACCCGCCCACUAAGGACCACUGGAUUCCGGACAGUAAGAGGAAUUCUUGUCGUUACUGCCAUAAGCCUUUUACCCUGUGGGAAAGGAAACAUCAUUGCAGGCAUUGCGGGGACAUCUUUUGUCAAGACCAUUUGCGCCAUUGGCUGUACCUGGACUCGCAGGCAAAUUUUAUAAUGAUCAACGAACUAAACAACGGUGGCAUAAAUGGCGGUGGCACUCUCUGUAAAAUAUGCGAUGACUGUCUGGUCGAGUACGAGAACCUUUCAACCACGAACCAUAACGCAAACACGAACGAGGAUAACAUAAACGUUGAGGAGGGCGAAGAUGACGAUAAUGACAAUAGGAAGAAAUUACGCAAUUACUACAAGAAUAGGCAGAUGAACGCUCUUUUCAGACCAAAGAAGGGCGGUUCGUCCCAAGAGCAUGCCACGGUUGAUCGAGACACAACAACGCCCAUCCAGGUGAAGUCGAACGACGAAGAAGCAGAUAAUGAGAAUACGGGGGGAGAACAAGAAGAAGGUAAUGAUGUUUUGGGCAGUGUUAUCGGCUCUGUGCCUGCAAACUGGAAUUGGAGUAGUUUCUGA